AUGGUGAGAUUCUUGCCAUUUGCAAUGUUGGGCAGUGAUGCAGAUACCCGGGAUCCCAUUACAUCAGAAUAUCCGACCUCGCAGGUUGCAUCAGUGGGCCAGGAUGUGGUGCUCACGACAGCACCCGGCGGAAACAACAAGAAUUUUGCAGAACCGUCAAGCUGGGUAGAUCCAACCGUGCCAGUGACAGGUAUCUUUCCUGGGACGGUUUCAUGGCCCUCAGUCAGCGAGUUGACCACAUACACAGCACCAAGUGAGACAUCCGCUGUCAAUGGUAUCAGUUCAGAAGCCAGUCCAACGAGCCUGCCGGAUGCAUCAUAUACUCCAUCAUCGACACCAACACCAAAAACCUCGACAACACCGUCAACUUCAAACUUAUCUUCUCUCACAUCCACCCAAACAACCACAAUCUCAGCCUCGGCCUCAGAAACAAGCUCAUCAGCAGCCAGCGACCCAACCACUUUCUCCGGCGGCCCAUCAAAAACAACAAAAAUCGCCAUAGCAGUCCCAGUCUCAGUAAUUGGCCUAGCUCUAAUCCUAGCGCUCCUAUUCUUCUUCUACCGUCGACGACGCCGCGAAAAGGAACGCAACGCCCUGCCACCACCAUACGAAAUAGCAACAGGCCACCGAAGCGAAGUGUCAACACAAGAGCUAAUGAUGUCUCCUAAAACCUCGACACCAGAACCAAGACAUUCACUUUCGACACCGGCAAUGUCCUCAGCGGCCACGUCCAUGCCCAUGCCCAUGCCACGGAUCCCGAUUAUCAGCACCUCACCCUCGACGGAAAGUCGGGGUCGAACGCCCAGUCUCGAUCGCAGUCCUGGCUCGGGCUCCGUGCACCGCAUGUCUAUGGCGCGUGGACCUGGUGACUCCGAAGCGGAGAUUGGGGUUGCGGUUGCUGUUCAGAUGGACCAGAGGCGAAGUGCCACGGAGCAGGAUUUGAGGGGUCGAGUUGCGUCCGUUACGUCGUCGAGGGGGCCGUCGCGGUUGGCUAGGAUGCCGUUUGAGGAUUUUUCGGAUGAUGAGGUUGGUAUUGGCAUUCCUGUUGGUGGUUCGGAUGAUGAUGUUGACGCCGUUUCUGAUGUGUCGGAUUUGGAUGGGCGGAGGAGGGAGAGGGACUUUGAUGAGGUUUCUGUGGUGUCGUCUUUUGAUGAGGCGUCGCCGAUAGGUGAGCAGGAGAGGAGGCGGUUUCAGGGAGUUUGA